AUCAUCAAAGAAGCUGUAAAGUUUAUCGUUUUAAAAAGUGUUUUAUAAAGAUCUGACAAUUGUUAAUGUGAUAAAUGUCGACCAGCAGUGAGGUUUCGUCUGUGCCCGAGCUACCGGUGGAAUCUGUUGGCAGUUCGGUGUCAACUUCGUUGCAAAAGGAGUACGAGGAAUUGCUACGCUAUGCUGUAGUCACUCCAAAAGUAAUAGUACCACAAAUGAAAACACAUAUAAGUAAAGUACCUGAAUCUACAGCAACUGAAACAAGUAGAGGCUCUUAUGAACAGGAUACUGAGGAUGUACAGCAAGAGGUUACUGGUUUGCCAACCACUCCGAUGAGGGCUGAUGCUGGCCUAUAUAAAAAUCAUGGAUCAACUGAGAAUUCAUCAGAAGUGAAAGAAACUGACAAUUCCUUCACCUCAAGUCAGUCAACAACACCAGAUAACAGUAUGAAUGAUAGUCCAAGAAUGAUUUCACCAACUGUUGAUACUGAUCUUGUGAGAAUGGAAUCACAAUUGGAUUCAUGGUGUUUGGAUUUAAAAAGAAAUAUUCUUGCUGAGUUUGCUCAAUCAAAGAUGGCACUUUUGGAAAAUCAUAAACAUGCACUAAGGGCAGAGAAACAAAGGCAUGCAGCAGAAAUGAACAAGAAGCAAAAUGACAUUGAAAGUCUAAAAGAGCUGUUGUACACUUAUGAGAAAACAAUGGAACAUAAGGAUAACAUUAUUUCCAACAUGACUAAGGCCAUACAAAAACAAAAAGAAAGGUUUGAUUUGCUACGAAGAUUUAACACUUGGAAAAUAAAACAUGUGGAUGAGAAGAAAGAGGGUUUCGGCACCAAUCUUGCAAAGAAACAUCGUAAUCAUGUGAUGAAGUGUAAAAUCUGGAGUGCUUGGCGUUCUCUGGUGGAGACCAGGUGGAGACAGAAAGUUGAGAAGGCUUGUCAGUCAAAAGCGCAGGAUGUCUGUGUCAAAUUGACAGACGAAUACGAGGCAAAGCUCCUUGACGCAAACAAGACGCUGGAUGCUGCCAGGGUCGAGGUAAGCCGGUUGCACGCAGAACGAGAGAUCUACGAAGAGACGAUGAAGAAAGCAUUCAUGCGAGGAGUGUGCGCCCUCAACCUGGAGGCAAUGCACAUGUUCCGUGAACCUGGUGACGAUGAUGUACCCGCUGGGUCACGUGAUACCCAAGGCAGGGGGGAUGCCGGAGGAUCUAGUGAUUCAGGAAAUGAAAUGAAUCCUCGAUCCCAGCUUCCCAGACCAUCCACAUCAACCAUUCCCAACACGUGUAUACCACAUGUUCCACACACGACGGCGCCGGUUAGAACCACAGCUGGUGGUGGUAUAAAUCCCACCACAACACUGGUCCAACCAACUCGGACCAUCAACGUGAAAGCAAUUGGCCGUGCUGAUUUUAGAUCUGCUGGGAAAACUACGACGGCAGGUUCCGGUCCUCCUGGCGCGAGUACGGUCAGUUCUGUGUUGGUUCAGAGACACUCUGGUCCUGAUGCGGUUCAAUCCAAACCGAUACGUCACGCUCAACCGUCGCAGAACGCAAGCAAGACGGGAAGAACGAAGCCAAGGCAGACGGCAAUGAACGUGAAUCAUCCCCCACCUGUGAAAGUCGUGCAAUAACUGCAGAGUUGAACAAUAUAAUAUACGUACAAUGUGCAACGAGUAAUACCUCACUGCAUGCCUUAAAACUAUCUUUUCCGCUUGGACCGCAAAUUGUUGUUCAACAAACGACGUCACUUUAUUCUAGGAAGAAAGAUUCUUAUGCAAACAGAUUUAAAGUCACACAUCUUGUAUAUACUGUAUAUAUAUUCUAC